AUGUUUAAAAAAAUUGAGCCAGAAAGUUUAAUAAAAGCUGAUCAAAGAGGUAAUGGAUUAUCCCUGAAAAUGCCCCCGCGACUAUCGGCGCGCAGGAUUUUCCUCAUCAUCCUAGUUCUUUUCAGUUUUUCAGUACUAAUCUCAGUACAUCAUCGGUUUUCAUGGAUCCGGAUCGGUAGUGGCCCUUCUCUACAAGAAAAUCAAGAUGAUCCGGAAAUUAACGAUAUCGGCGACGAUCCGCCUUCUUCAGGUCGACUCGAAAUAUCCAAUGAGGUUGGUGAGGUUGAAGAACCAACUGCAAAGGAGAACCAAGGCAAGCCUUGGUUCAUGAAGGGCGGGACCGAGUUUCCGGGGAACUACAGAGGACCUCCUAGAUUAUUCCCAGAUCAGGCCGAUGGGGAUAGGAUCGUGGAACAACUUAUGUACGUGCCCGAGGAUUAUCAAGGAUAUGACACUCCAGAGAAAGUAAUAUUAGCCUAUAAUGGACUGGGUGCGUGGGGCCAGAAAUCAGGGUCGGCGUCAUUUCACGGUUGUCCUGUUAACAGGUGUACUUUGACUGAUGAUAGGAGCAAAGCUGCUGACGUAGACGCCAUUUUGUACAAAGACCAUUUUAUACAUCCUGGUGUUGCACGACCUAUGAAACAGGUACGCCAGAAGGUCCAAGCGAAAGACUACUCCGUUAAUAAGACGAAAAAAGUUGCAUGGUUCGUAUCGAACUGCGGAGCCCGUAAUGGCCGUUUAGCAUAUGCCAGAGAACUUGGCAAAUACAUUCCAGUAGAUAUAUACGGUACUUGUGGACCAUUAAAAUGUCCUAGAUCAGAUAGAAAAUGUUUUGAAAUAUUAGAAAGGGAUUAUAAAUUUUAUUUGGCAUUUGAAAAUUCCAAUUGUCGAGACUAUAUAACCGAAAAAUUUUAUGUUAACGGUCUGGGACAAAACGUUCUUCCUAUCGUUAUGGGAGCUCGGCCAGAAGACUACCAAAGAAGUGCACCUGAAGGUUCCUAUAUUCACGUAGAUGAAUUCGCCGGUCCUCAAGAACUGGCCGCUUACCUCCACCGACUAGAUAACGAUAACAACUUAUACAAUUCCUACUUCAAAUGGAAAGGCACCGGAGAAUUUAUUAACACAUACUUCUGGUGCCGCCUGUGCGCCAUGAUGCACGCGCCUCAAUCGACACAGCGGCACUACGAGGAUGUCAACGAUUGGUGGAGGGGCCCCGGUGUAUGCACCACCAAGUCUUGGAGAAACGCCGAAUUCGUUUAG